AUGUCGUCUUCGAGCCACAAUGAUAAUGAAAUCCAACCCGAAAAAACUACACCAUCGCUGAAUGACGGCAUAUAUAAUCCACCAGAUUCCUCGAAUGUCUUAUCUUCAGAUCAAACAUUGGUAAGCAUCGACAAAAAUAACAAUGGUAAAGAUACUAUGGAUCACUUAUCUUACCUAUCAACUAUUGAUUCAAAACGACGUGAACAAUCAUAUUUGAAAUCAUUUUAUCAAAGAUUCUUAGUUGAAGAUGUUGUCAAAAAUUUCACUCCAGCAUAUUUUGUUAGUGUGAUGGGAACAGGAAUAUCAUCAAGUCUACUAUACAAUUUCCCCUUUCCAGCAUAUUGGUUGCAGAUAUGUGGCUAUAUAAUGUUUGGAUUAACAUGUACUUUUUUUAUUGGGAAUAUCAUUCUUUUCAUUAUGUCAUGCAUGUAUUAUCCUAAUAGGUUUAGAGACUAUCAUGUGGAUCCAUCUCGAUCAGUUUUCAUGGGUGCAUUUUCCAUGGGGUAUAUAACGAUAGUGAAUUUCAUUGCUCUCAUAACAAAGGGUGAACAUAUAUACUUUGUGUGGACACUUUGGUGGCUAGCAGUGUUUUCCGCCAUGUACACUUCGUUUAUAAUCGUGUACUUGUCAUUUAUGUCAAAACUAAAUGAAUCUGACGCAGAUGCCAAAUUAAACGCUACCCUUUUGUUACCAAUAGUUGCCAUUACCGUUGUUUCCUCAUCAGGGCACGCAAUUGAGUUGGACUUGCCUCAUGUGCAUCAAACUGUUCUCACCAUGAUUGUUAGUUUUAUGUUGUGGUGCUUGUCUAUAUCAAUGGCCUUUAUGGUAAUGACCAUAUAUAUGUCGAGACUAAUAAUUCAUAAAAUUCCACCGACAAAUUUAAUUAUGACAAGUUUCCUUCCUGUGGGUUUCUUGGGUCAAUCUUCUUAUAGUAUAUAUCUUUUUGGAAACAAUCUAAACAAGUUUGUUCCAGAAGAAUUACUUUACGGGAAAAUUUCAUUGUGUAUGUCAGGGUUUGUUUCUGUGUUUUUAUUGUCAUUUGGUUAUUUCAUGUGUUUUAUUGCCGUUACAUCUGUCUUGUCUAAAAUAAGACCAUUUGCCAAAAAUCCAAAUCCUCUGCAUACAAACCGGUUUGGUCUUUUGAAACUUGAAAAGAGUUUUUGGUCAAUGACUUUCCCCAUGGGUACGAUGUCUUUAUCAAACACAGAAAUUGGACACGGAGGUGUGGGAAACUAUCCCUUAUUGACAUUUAAAGUGAUGGGAAGUAUUUUUGCUGUUGCAUGCAUCUUCAUCACUGUGGGGUGUUCUAUCGGUGUGGUGGUGUACUCAUUCAAUAAAUUGAGACAAGAUAUGGUCAACAAAAGUAAAUAUCGCAAUCAAAGCAUGGUCUAA